UGGCGAUCCACUGCUACUAGGCACGGAAGCCCGUUAAGCGAAAGCUUCUUCUGUUUCGUCCACAACCAUUUGAACGUUAUCCUUAUUCAAUAGCGCGAAACACAGGGUGCACGGUACAUCCCAGUGUCUAUGAAGUUCCAAACAUAACUCGGCCGCAGUAUCUCUCACCUCUGAAAACAACAGAAAUUGAUUUUAACGUUGCGGAUGUCUGAGUCUGCUUGUGACUAUCUUAAGAGGUUUCUGUCUGAGUGAGUUUUUUGUUUAUUUGACCAUAUAAAUAGAGUUGAUGGGAUCCUCGGUAUCUUUGUUGCGGAUAAAGACGGGGUCGUUGUUGCAAGUGCCACAAUGGAUGAUAUGCCUGAUCAAGCACGCUCACCAUAUGUUACUGCUGCUUUUAUCGUAUCAUUACAACAAGUAAACAAACUAGAUCUUGGAGAUUUAGAAUGGAUGAUCACUAGUUAUCAAGAGAUGGUGAUCUGCCAGUUUCAUUUUACAUGCCAAUCAGCUUUACCAUUAUUUCUGACGGUUGUUGGCUCCAGUGAAUGCAAUAUAGGAGCUAUAAUCGCACUUGAACCAUCCAUUCGUCCGUUAUUAAAUCGUUUAGCCCCGGAAGCAUCAUCAAGAAUACAGAAUGAAGCUAUGCUAAGCCGUACCACAAAUGGUCCUUAUUUUCGAGUAUAAUACUCAUUAAGUUUUGGAAUUAUUUUUCGGAGCCGAUUUUUUAGUUGUAUAAUUUAUCUUGUAUAUUAAUCAGAAACUGUACAAUAAUACUAUUAAAAUUUACA